CCCCCUUCCCUGACACUUUUAAAGAGUACUGCCAGUUAUCCUGGUAGAAUGUCUCUCAACUUGGGUUCAUUUGGUAUUUUCUUUGAUUAAACUGAGGUCGUCCAUUUUGGACAGGAAUUCCACGGAGGUGCCACUGAGAAUGUCCUUCUCUGCAUCCCGUUGGCGGCUCCAUAGUGUCACUGUCUCAUUUUUAGCGACGUUGACUUGAUCACUAGGCUAAAGAUGGUGUCACCACUGUAAAAUUACUACUUUCCCUUUGUAACUAAUAUAUAUCUUGGGGGGGGGAAUACUUUGAGACAACGCAAAUAUCCUGUUUCUCACCAUACGUUUCUCCCACCAGUUUUUAGCAGCGAUCCACGGAUCUUGGCUGUAACAAUCAUGAGGUGUUUGCUCAACAGUGAUCUGUCAUUUCCCUCAUUCUGCCUACAGGUAUUAAUCUGAAUAUUAGUGGUGAUCUUUUAUUUCUUUCACUCCUUUUACAUGUACGAACUGGAGGAGCUGAAGGGUCAAUCACUUGCCUAGUGAGGGACGAAUGGACCCUAAACCAAGGAACCUGUUCCAAUUUCACGCACCCCAGGACUCUAGCUGUACUUCCAAGCCCCGCCCCAAGAUGGCGGCCCGGGCCGGGGGGCGGGGCGCUCCUGAUCACGUGCUCGUGUCGACGCCGACGUGGCCUCCGGCCGACGCCCCACUUGUCCCUCGCCGCGCUCCGUCCGUCGUCUCUGCCCAGCGAACCUGAUCUCAAGAUGGCGGCGCCCAGCAGAAGAAGGAAUGGCGGCGGCGGCGCCGUGAGCUUGUGGGCCGCGCUGCUCCUGGUGGCCGUGGCGCUGAGGCCGGCACGGGCCGUGUCUGAGCCCACGACGGUGGCCUUUGACGUGCGGCCCGGCGGCGUGGUGCACUCCUUCUCCCAGAACGUGGGCCCUGGGGACAAAUAUACCUGUGUGUUCACCUACGCGUCUCAAGGAGGGACCAAUGAGAAGUGGCAGAUGAGUCUGGGUACCAGCGAAGACCACCAGCACUUCACCUGCACCAUCUGGAGGCCCCAGGGCAAGUCCUACCUGUACUUUACGCAGUUCAAGGUGGAGGUGCGGGGUGCUGAGAUCGAGUACGGCAUGGCCUACUCGAAAGCUGCUUUUGAAAGAGAGAGCGAUGUGCCCCUGAAAAACGAGGAAUUUGAAGUGACCAGAACAGCAGUGUCCCACAGGCCCGGGGCCUUCAAGGCUGAGCUGUCCAAGCUGGUGAUCGUGGCCAAGGCGACACGCAGUGAGCUGUGACCGGGAGCCCCUUUGAGGGCAGCUUUUCCUCAUCUCCGCUGAAGGAGCUGGGCCCCAUGAGGGCCCAGUACUUGUUUUCGGGGGGGGUGGGGGCUGUUAAUUUUCUACCCAGGCUGAUGUUGCCCCGUUCAGAGGGCUUCGCAGGGCAGCUGAGGCCCCCAGGGCAGAGUCCGGAGGGCCAGGACUCUCCUGGCUCCCACCUUCCCCUCAGAGUGUGGCUCUGAGACCCACUGCUCUUCUUAUUGGAAGAGGCAUCAGGGCACCAGGCGGGGCUCACGGGGGUCGCAGCUUCUCUGAAGCCAGCAGCGUCUCCCCUGGAUCAGGCCAGGCUCCGGGAUGCUCCUGGGGAGAGACGCCCCGCCGCUCUGACCCUCAGCCGGCUGUUUCCUUGUCAUCCCCCAGGGACCAACUUUCAGACUCACUGGGCAGAAGUGAAGUGUUCUUUCAUAUUUAAAUAAAUAAGACAGUUAAAAAGUAACCACACAGUCUUGGCAUCUGGCGCUGGUGUCCACCUGGCUGGGCACGUGGGGCUGGGGGCCCCUACUUCCCUUCGCUGCUGGAGACGGGUAAGCCGCGUCACCCUGCGCACAGGGCCUUUUCUGCAGGCGCAGACGUGCCGCUCCCGAGGCGGCUGGACCCCACCGAGCCCGUGGGGCCGUGCCCAGCAGAGGGUGAGCGCUCCAGGGCAGACCUGCUCUUCCGCAUCCUGUGGUUGGCUCUGCUUAUUUUUUUUUUUGAGGUUGGAUUGCAGCUCGGUGACUUUAAAAAAGAAACAAAAACCCGCAAGCAAACCAAAAUAAAUAAACGAUAGCCCCAAAGGCCU